CUAAGCUGGGCGAGAACAGAAGUACUGAAGGUCGCAUCGUAACAAAGAUGGCUGCUGUCCUUAGAAUCUUAUCCAAAAGAAAACUUACUGUUCCACUGAGCUUGCGAUCACUGUCGCUAUCAGCUUGCCAUUUCAUUAAUGAAGGACCUAACACUAAUAAGCCUACACAUACAGGACAGGUAAGAAUUAAAAUACCAUUAUUCAUUCACUCAAAACACGCAAACUUAUCACAUGUUCAGUUCAUGUUGUCAACACAAGCAAGUAGCAAGUCAUUGAAUAAUUGAAUGAAGUCUUUAGUCAAGACCAAGACUCGGUCUACCCAAAACUCCACUCGGUCGGUCACUCUCAACAAUUAAUCGCUGAAAUAUGAUCACUGACUCAGACAUUACAUUUACUGAUGUUUCUGAAAAUGAAAGUUUUAACAUAAACAUUUACAUGUUAUUGUUAUGAAUGUCAAAUCAGAUAAUGACCCCUGAUGAUGUAGAAUAAAAUAAUGUUGGCAGUAGUAAGCCUAAUAUACUAUAUACCUAUAUAGUAUAGUAUAAUAUAGGCAUAGGGUACUAUAGCACUAUGGACUAUGAUUAGAUUGUUUUGUAAAUUCAAAAGUAAAUUGAUUGGGCUAAAGCCAGUUCGGGCAGUGAUGAUGUCAUUUCAUUUACAAGUUUAUUUAACUUAAUGGUUAUGAGUUCAUAGUCAUAGGGUUCAGGUUAGGUUUAGGGAUAUUGUUUAGGCCAGUUUAGGGUGACCUUUCACGGGUCGUAGCAACUGACUAAGUUAGUAAGAUGGUGGCGUGGCAUUGAAUGUCUGAAAAUACCAGUAAAUUUACUCCCAUUCCCACUAUUUAGAUUUAGACCAUCUACAGUUUACACAGAACAGUGUUUCUGAACUACAUUUUUUACAUGGCCACAAUCUUUUUUGCCAUGACAGUAGGCAAAGUUGACAGCCAUGUGAAAAAAGUAGUGAAAAACACAGGUACUAAAAUUAAAAAGUGGAAAGGAGAAAGGAAGUCUUCAGGAUGAGAAUGUCUUUUAGCUAAUUACAGAGGCAGAGACAAAGGAAAAUGAUGAGAAUGGCUUAGCUUAGGUAAUUUUAAAUUUAAAGAAGAACAUUUAAAAAAAUACAUUUUUAAACUUGCGUUAAAUUAUAGUAUUAAAGAAUAUUUAAGAAUGAUGGAAAAAAAGUUGAAAAUCAACACAUUCUAAAGGGAGAAAAAGUUUACAAUAAACAAAUAUCAUGCAAAUUUUAUUUUUUUAAAGUUGCACAACAACCUUCAAAUCUGAAAUCUACAGCUCUAUCUAACGUGAAUGCUUAGUCAGUAUCCCUAACUUACAUUUAUGCCUUUUACCCUGCCUGGGGCAAAGGCCAUCUUCAAGAAUUUUCCUUUAAUCUCGUCCCUGUGUUUUCCUUUCCUCUUCCUUCCAGGUUUAUCCCAUACAUUGUUCAUCUGGCCUCUAGCUCACGUCUCUAUAUAUUCUUUGGCAUUCCUCUAUUUCUUUUUAUUUGUGGAUUCCAUGUUCGGGAUUGUCUGGUGAUGUUAUCUGGGGGUUAACGAAGAGUGUGCCCUAACCAACUCGAACUUUUCCUUAUGCUGUCUUCAGCAAUAUGCUCAUAAUAUGUCCUUUCCAUUAAGUCUUUGUUGGUGAUGAUGUUUGGCCAUUUUGAUGUUCAGGAUCUUUUUAAGCCUAUAGCAAGUGUACAGGCAGUGUAAAUUUGACCCUAAAUUUAGUCCCCCUAACGUGAACAUAAAUCUUCUAAUCUAAAAUCUAUGACGACCUAGUGCAAACGGUGGAACCGUGAAGCGUACAUUUUAUUAACCCAAUUUUAAUGAUAAUGCAUACUCUAAUUGCAGUAGUUAGGAAUUUUAAAAGUUGAGAUGAAGAGAGAAGUAUAAUAUUUAUUUAGGUGUUACAAUGAAAUUUUUUAAGAAAAGAGGUUAGAAAUGUCAAUGAGUCACAUAUAUUAAUAUCACAUCAUCAGGUGUCAUAUUUACUGUAAUGUAUUACUAUAUUUAUUAUGUAAUUUGUAUGUAUUUAUUUUUACUAGCUGUGGGAGAAAGAUGAUUACAGAAACCUUCGCUUUGUAGAUAAAGAUAAACUGGUAAUGUUUUCUUCAAUAUCAUUUACUUCAUCUUUGAUGAAAAGUAUUUUUAAUUUGUGCAACUUUACUCAUUGCAUACAUACAUUUUUAUGUCUGCAUUUAGAUUGACUUAAAUUCCGAUGCAUUAAAGAAAAUUAUGCAAUUUUUUUUUAUAUAGAGAUUAAAAAAUUUUUGUCUCCUAAUUGGAAUGCAUUGAUUUUGAUUUUUAAGUCAAUAAUGAAAAUUUUAAUAAUAAAUUGCAUAGUUUGAAGUAAUUUUUAUUAAAAAAUUUAUUUGGAAUGUGAGUGGUAAUUGAAAAAUCUCACUUCCCUUUGAAAGGCUAGUAAUUUUACAUCUAAUUCAUUUUAGUUUAUGAAAUAUAUGAUUUAAAGAUGCUUCCACAAUUUAUAAUUUUGUUUCAUGGGAAGUAAAAGUUUUAUAUUUGCUUGAUUGUAAGUUAAAUGAAAAAAAGAAAAGAUCAUAAAAGGAAAAAAAUAAACCAUUUAGUAAAGUCAAUAUAUUGUAAUUCUAUCAACACACCUAUUUUAAAAGCUGAUGUAUUGACACACAGUAGGUAAAGACUGAUAAUGUAUUCUUCAUUUGUUCUACUACUAUUAUUUUUAUUUAUUUAUUUAGGCAUUUUUAUAUUGUGCUUACCUUAAAGCUCUAAGCCCUUUACAAUUAUUAAAAACAUGUAAACUAUCAUUGUAAAGUUAUUUUAAGUAAACAUUUGAACCAUAUGCCUAUGUAAAAUCUUACUGUUUUCUACUGUAACUUAAUUCCUUUCUCAUCUUAGAUAAAUUCCCAAUGGGCAAUUAAUUUGAUUGCCGAGGAUCCAGUUGUGGUGGUAAAUGCAAACCAUGUAUGGUCAAACAGCUGUGGAGCCUUGGGUCACCCUAAAGUUUACAUUAAUCUGGUUUGUUUCUUAUUUAAUUUAAUACCUUAACUCCUACGCUGCAGAAUUUUUAAAUCGAAAAAAUGUACAUUUUUUUCAAAGAACAAAAAACAGUGAGAGGUUGGGUUUAUUAAAAAAAUAUUUAAAAUAUUAUUUUUUGGUUUAUAAGACUAAAUUUGGUAUCAGAUGAAAGAUAAUUGAAUGGACUAUAUGUGUGUAAACUUAUUUCUUCAGUUUAAAUAAAAUAAGUAACAGAAAAGAACCAUAAAAUGUGAAAACAUUAUGUACUAAACCAUUUUUCCCAAAACCCUAUGGUGUACCUCUUCUUCACCUCUAUAACUCAAAUCCUCCAAAACUACUUCUAUCGGAAUCAUGCAAUGGAUCUAAAUCGAAGUAUAAAGCAUCUUCACUAUCAAAAGAAAUAGUUUAAAACAAUUCAAAAGCUUUUUGAGCUUUUAAUCGUCUAGGAAACUUACUCACCUACUCGGGCCUAGGGUAGCCAUAGCAGCAUUAGAAAAAAAUAGCGAAGAAAAUAAUUUUUAAAAUUUUUCAAAUGACAACAAAUAAACCUUUGUUUGGCUUAUAAAUAAGGAAUAACCAAUCUUCUAUGUAAAAGUCUUAUUUAAGAAUAGCUCUUAAAAAGUUUAACUGAGAAAUAGCAAAGAAACAAUCAUGAUAUUGAAACAACGCAGAGCGUGUUGGUAAGUGCUUUUUAGAAUGACUGAUGAACGCACUGUGCGUUGUGCUGCAGUGAAAGAGUUAAAUCUCAUAAAAUUAUGUUUCAAAUGGAUCAAGUCAUUUAAGUUACAAAUUUAAAUUAAAUUGAAGAGGAAAAGAAACAAUUCAGAAUGCUAGAAAAUGAACAGAAACCUCGACUAUUUCAAGUGUAUACUUAGGAAGGAAAGAAGUAUAUCUUAAAACAGUUAUGCCAGCCUUAAAAUCAGCUUGAGUCCAAUGGGCUUUUGGAAUAAGAGCUGGAGCACUGGAGUAUUUGCUAUGAGCAACCAAACUUCCUAAACAAUAUUGUUUCCCUUUAUAAACUUGCAUGCCCUCACACUUGGUUUAGUUACUUUUCCAUUACCAUAAUGCAUAAAGUAUUGUAGUCAAGACUUGGAAUCAGUGGUGUAGCUAGGGGGGUGCGGACUGCACUGGGGGACUCCAUCUAAGGCGGGUGACACCAAAUUGUAAAAAAUGCAUAUUUACAGAGCACAUGAGCACACACAUGAGUCUAACCAAAUUUCAUAAAAGGAUAACCGAUCACAUGUAAACUUUCCACACAUGUAACCAAUCAAAUGCGUGCUUUGUUAAACGUUCAGGGUUGAUGCGUCAGAAAUGAGGGGAACCUAUAAAUUAGGUCAGAAAAACACCAUUAUGACUAUGAUUCAAUGCCAAUUGAAGUGUUUUGUAACUUUUGUAAGUGACAAGAAGCAAUAUUUAUCUAAAUUCUGAGAAAUAAAGCUUCCAUUGAUACCAAAUACGAUGUGGUCGGAAUUUUCUAAGUACAUGUUACGGUUCUUAAAUACAUUUACCUCCUGACCAUUUAAUUAAUUUGUUUGUUUUUUUCCUUGUCUUUGUUAUACUGUGGACUCUUAUUUUAAACAACAAGAAAUCCAUUGUGGCAGUUGGGGGGGGGGUGACACCAUGAGUUUACUGCACCAGCUGACACCAGCCCUCGAUACACCACUGCUUGGAAUAAUACAAUGAUUACCUGUCAUUGUUUGUUUUUUUCCUUGUUUUUGUUAUACUGUGGACUCUUAUUUUAAACAACAAGGAAUCCAUUGGGGCAGGUGGGGGGGGGGGGUGACACCAUGAGUUUACUGCACCAGCUGACACCAGCCCUCGAUACACCACUGCUUGGAAUAAUACAAUGAUUACCUGUCACAGGGGCUGGAAACAAAUUUUGAGUAAAUUAUAUUUGUUCACUGUUAAUUGUCAAGAAAAUAUUUUUGGAAGCUGCAUUUUGGUCCUGAGCUGUGGUUUGCUGACCACUUCUUUAUAAUAUAGACCAGCGUUUUAAAAGAAGUUUCCAAUCUCCUUAUUUAAUGAAGUUGAGAUGACAACUAAAUUGUUUUUAAAUUUGCGACUUGUUAUACUCAUGUCACCUGAUUAGAUUAAUUAUGUUAAGUCUGUAAUGGACAACUUUAAAAAUUGCCUGCUCUAAAUGUAUGUUUAAAAUUAUAAUUGUACUAUUUUAAAAUAAUUUCUUUUCAAGGAUUAGAAACUUUUAGAUGUUUGCAAGUGAAAAUGGAGCAUUUUAACCUACUUCUGAGUUACCUAAAAGUUAUAAGAAUAUUAAACAGAUUAUACAUUUGUCUUUUUAAAAUUGUGCUAGCCACAUUAAAAAAUGUGCUUUUAUAAUGCAGGUGUUUUCAUAAUAUACAUGUUUUAUUAACACGUUUAAUUAAUUUAGAGUUGUUGAAUUUUGGAAGACUAAUUUAUGUAAUAUAGGUCAGUUUAGUAACUAUUCUUGAGUUUGGGGUUGGGAAAUAAAUGUUUUGUCUUUGGUCUCAUCUGUAAAAUUAUGUCAGGUGGCCAAAGUAUAUUUCAAAGUUUAAAGUAUUUCUGAAUGAAACGUGAAUGAAACAGCUGAAUAUGAAUAUUUUUUUUUUUUUUUUACAAGGCAAAAUAAAUUUUAAAAAUUAAUUUAUUUUUUGCAGGAUAAACCAGAAGUUGGAGUUUGUGGCUACUCUGGAAGAAAAUUCAUUCAGAAGAAAUAUUAUAAUGAAGUCAAGCAUGGUCAAAGCAUAACAUAUGAGGAAUAUUUGCAACAGAUGAAAGGAGACUCAAGAUAAAGAUGACCUGUUUAGAAAUAUUAAAAUGAAUUACUAUAAUAACUUUAAGUUGAGUUUGUAAAUACUGACAUUUUCUUGGGAGGGAGUUUGUCUUUGUGAGGACUCAUCAUGAGUGACUUAAGAGAAGAGAAAGCUGUAGAAAAAUAUCAGCUUUCUGGAAAUAAAGAACCCUAGAUAAAUAUUGUGUUUUUUUUAUCUUGUACUUUUUGAAUAAGCUAUGGAGUUUUAAGAGGGAUUGGACAUUUCUUAAAGAAUAAUAUUUGUUAAUGAAGAGCAUGAUUUUUUUGUUUUAUUUAGUGAGACUUUUAGGCCUUGGUGUUUGACGCAAAUUUCAUAAAUGUUAAUAAAAAUGUUUCUUAGUAAUUCC